AUGGCGCUCUCCGGCUACCCAGAGACGACCCCGCUGCAGCUCCUGCUCUUCUCGCUGCUGCUGCUGCUCGCGGGCUCGGCGGCGGCCUUGCCGGCGCGGCCGGCCAUGGACCGCGCGCGGUGGCAGGUGGACAGGGUCAACCGGCGGGGCCCCUCCCUCGGCCUCGUCAUGUCCUACGUCGACGAGGCCACCGCGCUGCAGGCCUCCGGCUACUUCACGCCUUGGCGUGUCCUCCCCUUCGUUGACCUCUAUGGUACAUUGAACGCCGCUGUCACCGUACAGACUCUCAUCGAUGUCUUCAGCGUGUCUGGUAUUGUUCACUACGGCACGGCAGGGAGUUCUAAUGACUCCAUGUCUUUUGGCGACGUCAGUGUUCCCAAGCUUGUUGCUUACACGGGUGCCUGGACAUGGAAGAAGUUCAAAUCACCGAAAGAGUCAUCAGCAGAACUAAGCUUUGGAGAAUAUAACAUCCCAAAUGGAGGAGAGAAUUUGCUAGGAUCCCUGAAAUACAGAAAUGAGGAGCUAUACUCAGUUGGCAAGCCUAUGGAAGAAGUUUUCUGGCUACCUGUAGAUUCAGCAUGGUUCAGAAUUGCAGAACAACUUAAGGUCAAACUUGAAAGAUGCAAUGACACUUUCUGCUUACCGACAACUCCACAAGUUGUCUAUGGCCUUAAAGGAUCAUCAGCUGACAUGUUUCUUGACAAUGCAGAAUACAGAAAGUUCCUUUUCAGAGAAUUUGGGGUGUCAACAGUAGAUGAGGAGAGCGCAGCAGUGGUGAUGACAGCAACAUCACCUGGCAUACCUGUGAUUGUAUUCCGAGGAGUAUCUGAUUUAGCUGGAGGGGAACCAACAUGGUCGUCAACAAGCUUGAUGAAUCUGGCAUGUAUUAAUGCAUUAAAAGUGCCAGUUGAGUUCAUCGCUACAGUUGGCAAGCAGAAGUCAACCGUAUCAGUACAAAGGAGUAAUAACUGA